GUUCGGGUCACUCACUGUUGUAUGAUCGCCGGUGUGUGGGUAGGGUUCGGUCUGCAGGGGAAAAGCAUACAGGGGAAUGCCAAAAAUGAGGUUCACUCGUCCAAUUGCCGUUGUCCUACCUUACGUCGAGUUAGUCCAGCGCUAUUCCAGCCGUCCAGCUCCAGAGGGUAUAGCUGAUUUCUCCUCCGUCUUCAUCACAGUGAAAUCAGUAGUGACGAAAAUUCAGGGGAAGAGUUUUAGUGGGACCCAGGCUCAUCCAGAUAAUCGCAGACUCCGUCCAAAGUCAAAGUCAAGCCAAGCGUUCUCCCAGCAGAAACUGCUUCCCCCAUCUCUGUGCACCAAGCGUUCUGGACAAACGUUUUGCUCACUCUGUGUUUCUUCCAUCUGCUGUCGAGUUUGCCAGCAAUAGUGGGUAGAUGAUAGACGCAAAUACUGAACAAGUAAAGGGAAUUUCCAGGUUAUGUUUCUGGGGAUGUUUAGUGUUUACCAAUGAAUUUCAGCUCCAGAAAAGAAAAAGGUGAGUUUCUAAGCUUUUCAUUAUACAAAAUAGCUACCGCCAUUACUCUUCCUGCCAGAGAUUUGAGCAAGGGACUACACAGAAUAAAUUGGUCUCCGAACCAGAGAACCUGCUAGAGGAAUGGCACAGCUCGUUACUGUUCAGAUCCUUGACUCGGUAGCUUUGAUUUAGUCCUUUGCAGGAUUGGACGUACAGCAGAGAAGAGGAUAGGUUGACUGACUGAAUCCACCCAGGCCCAGCACCUCUUGACAUCAAGGAAUCCGUUAACGUUAGAGCAGACUUUGAAGCCUCGAUCAUAAGUCAGAACCCGAUGGACUUCAGCAUCGAUGCGACGGACCUUGGUGUAGCGGUAUUACAGGAACUGUGGAAUAAAGUAACUUUUGGAGCAGCGCUAAUUGUUACCGAAACCAAGGAUGUGGCGUUUGAGAAUGAAAGUUUCAUAGAAUUCUCCAAGUGUAUCUCAGCGAUGAAUAUUCUCUUUCAAGCCUUACAUGCGAAGAGGAUUGAGGCCAUCACAGGUUUAGCUCCUACAAGAAAGGCACUGGAGACUUUGGAUUCUCUGCUGAAGAAAGCCCACAAUAUCAUCAGAGAUUACAAAUCUUGGAGCCGACUUCGUCUUCUACUUAAUUCACAGUCCAUGCUGUCACAGAUGCAAAAUUUAGCGAGAGAGAUUGCUGAGACCAUAUCGUCCUUGGGGCUGGCAAAUUUUGACAUGACCCUGAACUUGAAAGUACAGGUCAACCAAAUCAUCAACGACCUGAGGUCAAUGGAGUUCCGAUCAGCAGCUGCUACUGAAAGCAUUGCAUCAGAGAUUCAGAAAUCAAUAGCUCAGAAUGAAAGGAAUAGGGACCAUGCUAUCCAUCUGCUACAUAAGAUUGCAGAUGCUGUUGGCACAAGUGCAAAUGCUUCACUUGUACAGAAUGAACUGGCUUUGCUUAAACAGGAGAAGGAAGAGUUGGAAGUUCAGAAAAAGCAAGCUGAGGCCCUUCAGCUUUCUCAACUGAUACGGUUAUUGUACAGUACAGAAAUGGUCAGAAGCCCAAAAGAAGAAGAAACCACCACAUAUCAGCAAUACCAAUUUGACUCAUUCACAUGCCCCUUGUGUAAAGAUAUAAUGACAGACCCUGUUGCUAUUCUGUGUGGGCACAGCUUUGAGAGGCAAGCAAUACAGGAGUACUUCAGAAUAGGAGAGACUACAUGCCCUACCUGCAGACUGCACCUCCCUUCUCAGGAGCUUACCCCAAACCUCUCUCUUCGAAAUUCUAUUUUAGAGUGGAAGAAAAGGGAUAUGGACUUGAAAUUUCAAAAUACAGUCCACAGCAUUGCUUCUGAUGAUCAUGACACACUGAACAAGGCUUUACAAGAUAUGCAAGUUCUAAUGGAGAUGCCUUGCUACAGGGAUGAAGUUGUGGAGAAGGGUUUGAUCCCAAGGAUGGUGGAACUCCUAAAAAUCGACAGGCUAAACACCAAGGCAGUUCUUAAAUGUCUCUACUACCUCUCCAUACAUUCAGAAGACAACAAGGCAACCAUUGUCAAAGCAGGAGCAAUUCGCCGAAUAGUGAAGCAGUUCUACAAAGGUGAGGCUGAACCAGAUGCUGUUGCAAUCUUACUAGAGUUGUCUGCAAAGGAGACACUUGUGGAGCAAAUAGGGAAUACCAAAGACUGCAUUCCUCUACUGGUAUCUCUGCUCCAUAAUAAUAAUCCUGAGAUCCCACAGAAAGUCCAAAAUGUGUUGCAAAAUCUCUCUUCCAAUACCAAUUUUGUCAUCAAGAUGGCAGAAGCUGGGCACUUCCAACCAUUUGUUGAAUGCUUUAAACAAGGACUUUCAGAGACCAGAGCUUCAAUGGCUGCGGCCCUAAUUAAUAUGCAACUUGAUGAAAACAGCAUGAAGAACCUCGAAGAUAAACAAUUCAUACACAAGCUAGUUGAGAUGCUCUCAUCUAGCUCUCCAGCACGCAAAUAUGCAUGCCAGUGCAUUAAGAAGCUACUGGACGUCCCCAAGAUGAGCAAACAGUUUCUGGCAGAUACAAUCACAAUACCAUGCUUGCUUGGUCUCAUCUCAUUUUCAAAGUCUGAUUUACACUGGAAACAGGAAGCCACAGAGAUCCUCACCUUGUUAAUUGGUUCAAGCCAAGUCCCUGAUUUCCAGAAAUAUCCAUGCCUUCAGGAACUUCAAUCUGAGUACAAUGUCAGCCUCUUUCUGCAAUUGGCAGCAGCUUCCAACUGCCAAACAAAGCUUCAGUUCCUACAAUUUCUAGUUGUUCUAAGUAAUAAAUCUGAGACAACUCGAGACCUGAUACGAUCAGAUAAGAAAGCAGUAACCGACCUAUUUUCUUCCCUCAAUUGCAGCCAAUCUGAUGUAAGACAAGAAACAAUGAAGCUCAUAUACUGCAUUUCCAAAGACCAUCCUACUGGGGUUCCACUUCCACCAUCCCCAGAAAAGGAGGCUGCAAUUACCACCUUAGUAGCCAUUCUCACCAGUUCAACAAAGGUCCAAGAGAGAUCAUCAGCUGCUGGAAUCAUAGGCCUGCUUCCAACUGAUGACAUCAUUGUUGAUGAGAUACUCUGCAAAUCUGAAGCUUUGAAAGCAAUUCAGGAGGUGAUCAGCACUGCAGAAGAUGAGCAUUGUAGGACCAAGGAACCAGUUGAACCAGGUGAGUCCUUAUUGGAGAAUGCUCUAGCAGCACUAUUACGCUACACAGAACCAUCCAAGCCUAGGCUUCAGAGGCAAGUAGGCCAGCUUGAACUGUACCCAUUACUGGUGCAGCUCCUCUCUAGGGGCAGCUCAGUCACUAAGCAACGGACUGCAAUUGCACUUGCUCAUUUAUCCCAAGCAAACAACCUGUUAACCAUCAAUACACCCACCAUUGCCAAACAGGCAACCAAGUCCAUGCCAAUGUUACGAGUAACUAGUCUCUUCCCCAACAUGUUUUGGUGCUGCUCAGCCUCAACACCUAAGCAUAACUUGUGCUCUGUUCAUGGGUCCACCUGUUCAUCCAGGUACACCUUUUGCCUGGUAAAGGCAGAUGCACUACGUCCACUGGUGCAAAUUCUGACUGACACACACUCUGGUGCAGCAGAGGCGGCUCUAAUGGCACUUGAAACCCUGCUAAUGGACCAGAGCACACUCCCACAUGCAGCUGCUGCCAUAGUGGAUAGUGAGGGCCUGGUAGCGAUUCUAGAGGUGCUAGAGAAGGGCUCCUUGUCUGCAAAAGACAAAGCACUUGUCCUCUUCCAGAAGAUCUUAGAGCAUAGAGAGAUUACACAUUCAGUGUCCCAGAGGUCUGAGACAAUCCUUGUUCACCUCCUCUCAGACAACAAACUCAAGAAGAAAGCUGCCUUGGUACUCAGACAGAUGAAUAUCAUCCCGGAUCAAUCUUCCUACUUCUAAACUGGCUGCUUGUAGCAAGGAGGAAACUUCCAUUACAGCUAUUGGUAUAUUUGGCAUGAGGCUAGAACAUGACAUUGGUUCUUAGAAAAUCUCUACUGACUGCCUGAAUUUUGAAGGCCAUUAUUACUACCUGCAUUCAUCCCACCUGUAGGAAAUAAAGGAGCCUUCAACACACUUGCUACCAGCUUCAAUGACAAUGAGUUGCUGUACCACUGAAAGAGAACAAAGAGAUAUAUAUGCAUGUGCAUGCAUUGGCAUCACAUAUAGAUUUUCCAAAUUUGUUGGCAUACCUGGAUUUGGGAGGUGCUCCAUAACCUCAUGAAGAGAAUCAGAAUGUGAACAUGGUUGGCAUUGUCUAUGGGCAUAAAUGGCACCCUAUUUGCUUCACAUUCAAAGUUACAGAACCUCCAAUCAGAUUCAGGUGCAAUAACAUCAGCUCAAAACCCUUCCAGAAGAUGCAGAGACUAUGCUAAAGGAUAUGAAGAGAACAAAUUCAGUUCUUUAGAUUCAAAUCAGCAUUGAGAAAUAAGAAUUGAUCUCAAUCUGUCAUUACCUUAUUUGAAGCCAAUGUAUAGUAUCCGAGUAGUGGCAUUAUUUCAGUUUUAUAGGCAUGUAAAUUACUAAGCAUUUUUCCUUUCCUUCUUGAUCUAUUGUACAUACAAUUUCUUGUCCCUUUUCUUGUAGUUUGAUCAUGGACAAGUUAAUUUCACCCAUAUACUGAUCAGGGAAGGAAAACCAAAGCAACAUCCUAGUAUGAUCAAUUGUACAUAUCAGUACAACUAAGAAUUAAAUAUUUUCUUUUCUUUUGACAUAGUAGUAGCAGUAACCAAGGAAUUUUUUUUCUUGGUAAAGCUUAUAAUCAAUGAAAAUGCUGAGAAACCAUGAAAUGAAGGCAAGUCCUUUUAUUUAGUUUUGA